GACCGACUCAAGCAGAUCGCAGACUCCACUCUCAGGGCUAUCGAGGCUGGCCACAUCACCAUCGGCGACGUCUCGCACGACCUUAGCGCCAAAAUCAGGUUCUCGACCCUCCACACCCUCUACUAUCCCCCCGACUCCGACCUCUCCUCAUGGAGCCGCAGCUCACCCAUCAGCCGUCCCCAUCAAUCCCUCGCAUCGCAUCCACAGACAGAGUACUCCGUCCUCGAGAUAUCCACGCUCGACGGCGUGCGCCUGCUCAACCAACACACACGUUCGAGCUCCCCCGGCAGCUUCGGCCGCGUCGCGCUGCUCAACUUCGCUUCCGCCACCAAGCCCGGCGGCGGCUUCCUCUCGGGCGCGCAGGCGCAGGAAGAAAGCAUCGCGCGCUCGUCGACGCUCUACCCCUCGCUCAUCGCGAAGCCGGCCUCGCAGUUCUACGCGCUGCACGGCCGGGACCGCGCGGGCGGGUUUUACUAUGACGCGAUGAUCUACACCCCGGGGGUCGUCGUCGUGCGGGACGACGCGGGCGGGUGGGUCGAGCCGGAGGAGGCGGACGUGUUGACGAGCGCGGCGGUCAAUGCGGGCGAUGUGCGGAAUAAGAACAAGGUGCAGCGCGGGGAGCGGGAGAUCGAGGAGAGGAUCGUGGCGGCGAUGCGCGAGCGGAUGGGGCGCAUUCUGUACCUGUUUGAGCUGCAGGGCGCGAGGAAUCUGGUGCUGGGGAGUUUUGGGACGGGUGUGUUUAGGAAUGAUGUGGAUGUCGUGGCGGCGUUGUGGGCUGAGCUCCUGUCGACCCGGUUCAAGGACUCGUUCGAGCGCGUUCUCUUUGCCGUGCUCGGGGCUGAGACGUUCAAGACGUUCAAGGAGACGUUU